AUGAAAAAAACUUCCAGUGCUGUCAAUAUAAAGCCGUGAAAUGAACUUAAAAAUAUUGAAGAGAGAGAAUGGUCUUAUAGUCCCCUAGCCUCAUUUUCAAAUUUAUUGGCAUCCCCUAAAAAUAAGCUGGGAUUCAGAGAUCACAUCAUCAGUACAAAUCACUUAAAGAAUAAUGAAAAAAUGCUUGUCAAAAUAGCCGAAUUAGACCGAGACACACCAAAAGAGAACAAAGUUUUAACCCAGGACUCAUCUUUGCCAGAUAUUUUAUCAUCAAAAAUCAAGCCACGCUUGAAUUUAUCGAAAGCCAGAAACUCAUCAUCGCAUAGAAAUAUUAAUAUAAAUCAAGGAAAAAAUAUUAAUGAUGCAGUUCAUUCAUCAAGCCAGUCCCCUACAGGAAAAAUUUCACUGGAAUUAGCCAGCAGAGGGAUGAAAACUCCUAAUAAAAAUAACACCGGGCAUACUCAUAACAGUUUUAUAUAUAACUCUAUAGAAUCAUGUAACAACAUUGACAAAAUUCCCAGCCCACAAAAUAAGCAUGAGCCCAAUUUACUCGAAACUUAUAAAUUUUUGGAAUCUCUUGGGAGUAGGAAAAGCACCUCUGAAAUUCUUCUUUCAGCUGGAUUAUUAUAUAAAGACAGGCCAGUAAACCAAUCUCACAAAAAAUCUAGCAAAAAUCAAGUCAAAUCUUCUUAUUCUCCAAGGCGUCACUAUGCUUAUUCUCCAAUCCCAGACACAUACUCCUUAAGCCUUCAAUGCGUAGAUUUUUUGGUAGAAGAAUUACAAAAGCCUGGCUUUGAUCGAGAUGUCGACACAAUGUAUGAUUUAACAAGGCAUUUAAAAUUUUUUAUUCAAUACAAAGCAGAUAUUGUUAAACAAAUGCUGAGAGUAGCUAAUUAUGAAUUUUAUAAUAAAGGACAAAUGAUUUUCAAAGAAGGAGAUGUAGGAAGGUGCUUAUAUGUUGUUUUAAGAGGAUCAAUAGCUGUGCAGCAAGAACCAAUAAGGCUUGGAGAAAUGCCUUAUAUUGUAAAUUCAAGAUAUGAUGGAGAAGUUAUUGGCGAAUAUGCAAUAGUUAGAGGAAAUAUCAACAAUGCAAAUGAUAAGAGAACAGCAUCAUGCUUUUCAGGGGAAAGAUUAGAUUAGAUUAAGAUUUGCAUUUAUAGUCCCCACUCAAGCCUCGCAUUCCAGAACGAUCGCUGAGGGGUGGCUCCCUGAAGGCUUCUUGAGCCUGGGCCGAAACCCCCGGUUUCUCAGUAGUGGCAUUUUCCCUUCUGAUCCGGGUUAUACGGAUUUUGCCAGGAACGACCAUUUCCAACUCAAGGCCAGAUCUACCCAACCCUGCGACAAUUUGGCAAGAUCGCCCCUUUUGAUCGGGACCCUUUUGGACCGGAGAGACUUGCGCCCUUGGAAUAUCUUGUCGAGCUUCGCCUUCCCCUCUUUUCCGGAUUAUCUCCGAGAAAGAACUCAACCCCUUGCGGGAUUCAGGGCGAAGCCACCGAGUAGCCUAGGCAAGUAGCUCACCCUGCCUCUUUCGGUCACCGAGUCUGGGCCUCAGCGCUACUGGCAAAAAGAAUACGAAAAAAACUGCUGCCCUGAUCAGGCCGCAAAAUCAGCGGAAAUUGUGCUAGGCCUCUUGCCUCGAGGCUAACCCUUCCCUUGAGUAGCUCUCCGCACCCAAAAAACCACUUCCAGCAUAGAUAAGGUCGCCCGCCACAGGAGGAGGGGUCGCUCGUCUCCGGCCAUUCCAUGUAUAUGCUUUGCAGGGGAAAAAAUGCCAUUUAAUUAAAAUUACAGCUGAAGACUAUAUGAAGUCAGUCCGAGCUAAUAUUGAUGUUGGUAGCAAAAUUUUGACCUUUUUAUGUGGCUUAGGCCCGUUUGAGCAUAUCCCUUCAAUUGAUUUAGCACUUUUGGCCAAUACUUUGAAUAAAGUCUCAUACGGAUUAGAAGAGCCUGUGCUUGAAGCUAACAGCAUUCCUAAAGGAAUGUUUAUAGUUUACCAAGGAAGAGUCAAGAUCACUUAUCCUGCUAAAAUAGCACAAUAUAGUGAAUCAAAAAAUAAAAUUUCAUACAAGAUGAGCAUGAAAGAUUUUCAGCUGCCUAGAGGUAGCUAUUUCGGACAAAGAGUGCUUGCAGGAGAUAGAACUCCUGCUAAAUAUUCUGUUAUAUCAGCUUCUGCACAAACUUCGAUUUUGGCCAUUACCCCGCAUGAGUUUAGCUUAUUAUUUACAUUUAAAGAUGAAACUUUAAAAUAUCUUACAAGUUCUCCACAGUUCGAUUUAAAUCCGCCUCAUAACUUUAGUUAA